AUGUUAUUACAAAAAUUACAAAAAUUACAAAAAUUAAAAUUAAAUUACAAUGCUUCUUCUUUUUCGUUCAUCAAACAGUGUUUUUUUUCUACCUCACAUUCAAACAAAUCUCACAUAGGUCGUAAACCUAUAACAAUUCCGUCAGAGGUUGAAAUAAAACAUGACUUGACACCUAAUUUACAGCCAAUAACUUUGACUGAUUUGAAUUCUACUACUUUAACAAUAUCGGGACCAUUAGGUAGUCAUUCUAUGCCAAUAAAACCAUUUAUUAAAAUUGAGAUUAUUGCAAAUGAAGAGAAGCGGAAAAGAGAAAUAUUAUCAGCCAGGAAAAAAGAAGUUUUAGAAAGCGUCAAAAAUCAAGAUGUUAUCUUUAUUGAUAGUGAUGUGAGUGAAAAAAAGUUGCGUGUAGACAUUCAAAGUAAGAGCGUAGAACAUCAGAGAGCAAUGUGGGGUACAACUAGAGCUUUAAUAGCAAAUUAUGUUAUUGGUGUCAGCGAAGGUUUCAGAAUACCUAUAAGACUUGUAGGUGUUGGCCAUAGAGCUAAUAUGGAAUCAGAUAAAUUGGUUCUUAGAGUUGGUUACACGCAUCCAAUUCAACUAGAAGUUCCAGAUGGAAUAAAAUGUGAAGUGCUAAACCCUACUCAAAUAUUAUUAAUUGGAAGUGAUUAUGCACAAUUAACAUUAUUUGCUGCGAAUAUACGUAAAAAUAAAAAACCUGAGCCUUAUAAUCAAAAAGGUAUUUUUGUUGGUGACGAAACCAUCAAAAAGAAAACAAGUAAAAAGAAAUGA